UGCAUAUUUACUUACUCUCAUGUCAUCUUUCAGUGUCUUAGUAGGAAUUCUUGCAGCUACCCUUAUACUUUCCAGAUGGUGGUCGUGGUGGAGAGCACCUCCGUCGUUGGCUAAAGUCCCUGGACCACCAGCUCCGAGUUUAUUCCUUGGCCACGCAUUGGAUCUUGACCGGGCGCCAAUUGGUACUCGACAUAAUAAAUGGGCUCGCGAAUAUGGGCCUACAUACCGACUAUCUGGUCCCUUCUGGGAACCUCGACUCAUCGUUGGAGACCCGAAAGGUCUCAAUCAUGUACUUCAUAAUCAGGACUUCGAGCGCAAUUCGAGUGAUAGGGUUGCGCUUGAGCUUUUCUUUGGUCGUGGUCUUUUCUGCGCCGAAGGGGAAGAGCACAAGAAAAUGCGCAAAUAUCUGAAUGUACCAUUCACAAACCAGUCGAUUCAAGAAGUUUCCCAUGUGUUCUUUGACCUGGUGGAACGACUCAAGGAUAAAUGGGAACAGAAAUUGGAAGGCGGGAGCCUCGUUUUCGACGUGACCUCAGAAGUUCAUCGACUUACAUUGGACGCCAUCAGUAUGACAAUGUUCAUGUAUGACAUUAGUACCUCGAACAGUGAUAUUCCUACCCUACUUCACAAGAUAACAGACUCUCCUGCUGGUAAACUAUCAGAUAUCAUCCUCUCUGCAUUUGCCUCUCGGUUCCCUAUUAUUCUUCGCCUUCCUUCUCCGAUGAAGCGUUGGUGUGACGAUCUUCGUAGCUCCUUGGGAGCUGUUGCGAGGAAUGUAUUGUCGGGCAAGGGGGCCGCUGGAAUGCAUGCGAAACUGCUGAACUCUCUCUCGGAGAGCGAAGUUGCCCCGGAUGUCGCUGUUGCGCAAAUUAUUGGUAUUCUCUUUGCCGGGUCAGAGACGACGGCCAAUGUCAUUACUGAAUGCUUCUAUGAAAUGGCUCGCAAUCCGAGGAUUCAAACACGGCUGCGCACAGAAUUGAUAGAGUUCGAAGUUGCGCAUGGGCGUAAACCCACUUACGAGGACCUCGCUAACUCAUCACUUCCGUAUCUCGAGGCUGUCACGCGGGAGACUAUGAGGACCAAGGCUGUUCUGACAGAGAUCAGUCGCGCUGCUGUGAAAGAUACCGUCGUACCCCUUCAAAUUCCCUUAAAAGGAACGAAUAUAUACGAGAUCGAAGUCCAAGCUGGAACGCUGAUAGAUAUCCCUGUGCGAGAUGGGAUUAAUCGUAACCCGUUGAUAUGGGGUGAAGAUGCCGAUGUUUUCAACCCGGAUCGCUGGAUUAAAGCCGAUAUGCUUCCCAAGGCCGUGGACUGGAUACGAGCUCAAGGCCAUGUGCUUACAUUUGGCGAUGGGCCAAAGGUUUGCCUGGGACGUUCAUUUGCUCUGGUGGAAUUCAAGACCGUGGUCUCUACGAUUGUGCGUAACUUUACUUUCGCCGAAGUAGAGGGACUAGAUCUCGACUUUUACCACGUUGGGGGAAACACCAUCAAACCGAUGGUUCGAGGUCGAGAACAGGAGGGCGCCCAGCUCCCACUCAGGGUUAGCGUUGUUUCGGAUUGAAUUUGUAUACCAAUUUGAAUGUCUCGUUUUUACUACAAAUUGAUCGGCGUAUCCGAUUCAAAGGAAUAAAUACUACUUUGUAAUGCGAACGAAAU